AUCGACGCCUGCUCUGCAGCCAGCACAAUCGUCAUCUUUUCCUAUUCAUCCAAACCGUAUUGGGGGUGUUGAUCAAUCGAUUUCCAUUCCUUCCAAUUAUGCUUGUCCAGAAGUUGAGUUAUCUGAAGGUUCCAAAGCUGUUUUAUCAAAACUUGUGAAAGAGGUGAUAAAGCUUGAAGAAAUCAUUUCAAAUGUUAUGUCGAAAAUGGUAGUAAUUGAUGGCAAAAUAGAUGUCUUGAUGACGAAGCCAACAGAAUCUCAAGCCACUGAACAGGAAAUGGAUCCUGAUUUUUGGCCGGAGCCGCUAAAGGAAGUUGAGGAAGUAAAAUUGCUGGAGGAAAUUCUAUUGAAUAACGAUAAGUAUUAUCAACUGGUGAACAUUAUUCGUAACUUAGGUGGUGGAUCCAUAACUAGUGCAGUUAAGUGCGCAUGGUCUCGCGUCUUUUCCAUUAAGGUUAUGGCUUUCGUCAAUUGGAAGGGAGUGGCCACAAAGAACCAUCAGAAGCAGGGACUGAAGAAAUCCAUCAUUACCAAAGCUAUCUUUGAAGCUGUGCGAAACACAGGAGGCCGGAGGACUAAAGAUUACGAGCUUGAAAAGUUAACAAAGUCAGUCAUGAAGGGGAUGCCAGAAAAAUUCCGUAAGUCAUUGCAAGUGGCAGCAGACAUGGAAGUAGAUAAUGAGGACGAUAUGCCACCUCCAACCGGGGGCAGCAGCUCGUAGGUUGUGUAAAAUAUUGAGAGAACAGUCAGUGGAGGAGAAUCGGCCUUCACUGACCUUAGACUUUGAUAAUAAUCAUUGUCUCGAAAUUAACCUUGUGGAAUCUCAAUCGAAAUGUCUUAAUCCCGGAAUUUAAAGUAAAAAUAUGUAAAGUUAGAAACCAAGAACUGAACUGGACGGACAAUCAACUUUAGAAGAAUUUUUGUUGGUGGCACAAGACUUUUUCACUUUACUGAAAUUACAGUAAAACCUUAUAAUUUGGCAAGUAUAAACAAAAAUAGGGAUUAGUCAAUUGUGUUAAUAUAAUCUGUGUAUCACAAUUAGUAAUGUCACGUCAUCUGGAAAAAUUUCCCUCAUCGAGUGGAGCAUCACUUAAGAAAAAUCGGAUUGUGAAGAAACAGGAGAAAUAUUUAAUCCCAGAAUCGACUCCAGGUUAGAAUAGUUAUCCUUUUUUGUUUCCUGAACUUCAUUUUUAGUUGACGAUAAAUUCUCUUUACGUUAUAGUUCGUGCCACAUCCAUGCGUUAACCCAUCAUCAUUCAUAACAGAGUGGGUCUCCGUAAGCUGUAUAAUAAAGACGUCGGUCACCGCGGCAUCCAAAUCGAUCGUUGAUAUCGUGACAAAGUCCAUCUUGGCCAACGAAUAUUCUCUUCGACGACUACAAAGACGAGGACUGCAACGUGCCUGAAAUGAACCGCUUGAAAGAUCAAAGGUAACCCGUUGGUGAAUAUCGGCGCAAGGACCUCUCCUCAAAACAGGAAAAGAGUUUCCGUCACUGAAUUGGCUCCACAACCAUCAUCUGGGAAAUCAUUUUCAAUUACAGGAAAUGCUAUCGCCAAUUUCUUCAAUCAAUCCAGAUUUUCCGUUCAGCCAUCUGCGAUUUCACCAUGACCAACGCCCAUCUUUUUAAAAAUGUUAUUGGCACAAAUGCUGAAAGUUAUCUGCUGUAUUUUGUAUUAGUGGAUUCUCUUUUGUAUUUUUGAUUAAUACAUUAAAUUCAAAAUUGA